AUGUCGAACGAUCUCAGCUCCUCCGAUCUAGUAAACUCCCCAACAGUACCUCAACGCUCGGCAGCAAUCGUUAAUCUAGAUGGGCGUUGGGCACUUUAUCAUGAAACAAAAUACGCUCCAGAUAUCCCUGAAACAUCAUAUUAUUUGCUAGAACUCGGGACUGGUAUAACAACCAAGCUGCCCAAGUGGCCAAGGCCAACCAGUGCAGGCCGUGUUGACACAUUGUUGUCUAUCUUGAAGGCAUUGUAUUUCGUAGAGAGUGAUAGGACUCGGAGGAUUUAUGUGGCAAUUGCAGUCUCAGGUAUUGGUACUAGAACAACCUCAGCAAGCUCGAGUGUUAGUGAAGUCGAUGUUCUAGGAUGUUCCUCAAGGCUAGGUGGUCAAGUACUGCGGUGCCUUGUGUUCAAGACUCAAAGGGAAUUUCCGUACAUCAAUAUUGAGUUCAUUAGUGGUGAUAUUCUUGAGACAAUUAACCUUAAAUACGUUCCCUUUCCAACCCGGGUGUCAAUGGGACCAAGAAAUUUCGAUAUAUCUAGAGCGGGACUAGCUCUUGCCGCUCAAACCGAAGAACAGUCUCAGGCUCGACAUGAUGGUAUAUCUGAUGUCCACUUUAUUCCUUUUGAUCAGUUACCGACACCGAAAAAGUCGAAGGAACUUAUUCCUAUAAAAAUUGAAACUACCAGAGUUAUCGAGAAUAGAGAGGAGGUUAUUAAUGAAAGUAAUGGACCCGAGGAUGGAAUUACCGAGAAUAGAGAGGGGUCUGGCAAUGCGAGUGAGAAUAGGGCUGUCGAACCUCCUUUUCCGGUUCUAGCGAACAGAGGGGGGCAAGUAGGUUCACCCCUUUACAGGCAUUCCGCAUAUAUGUGGACUAUAUGGUGGCAAGAGGAGAGACGAAGAUGUGGAUUUGAAGACGUUGAUCUUGAUUUUGAUUACUAG